CUGUUCUUAAUCAAGCUAGAUCCUUAUGGAGACUAGAAUUAGUAAGGACAAAGUGGGCUGGUGGAUUUAUUAAUUGGGGAUAUCCUUUAAGAGUUCGUCAUAUAACAACAGGAAGAUAUAUGGGUUUUACUGAAAAUAGAGAAGUAUGUUUAGUUUCCAGAGAAGAAGCAACUGUGGCAGCAACUGCAUUCUGUCUUCGCCAAACAAAAGAUGAUAAGAAAAUUAUUUUAGAUGAAAAAGAAGAAGAAGUAAUUGGGUCACCUCUUAUAAAGUAUGGUGAUACUACAGUUUUUCUUCAACAUUUAGAAACAGGUCUUUGGUUAUCCUAUAAGACAUAUGAAACAAAAAAACGAGGAGUUGGAAAAGUAGAAGAGAAACAAGCUAUUAUGUCUGAAGAAGGAAAAAUGGAUGAUGGUUUAGAAUUUAGUAGAUCACAAGAAGAAGAAUCUCGUACAGCCAGAGUGAUUAGGAAAUGCAGUUCACUAUUUAAUAAGUUUAUUAUGUAAGUAAUAUCAAUCUAU